AUGGAUAAAGUUCGUGAUAUUCUCGGUUUAUGUCCGCAAUAUAAUAUUCUCUUCGAUCAUCUGACUGUUCGAGAACAUCUGCGAUUAUUUGCUACACUUAAAGGACAUCCAUCCAAUGAUAUUGACAAUGAAAUCAAUCGAAUGGUUGAAGAUUUGAUGCUUACGGACAAAUUGGACACACUUUCAUCAGCUCUCUCCGGUGGUAUGAAGCGCAAGUUGAGUGUUGGUAUUGCAUUGAUCGCUAAUUCUAAAGUGGUUGUUUUGGAUGAACCAACUAGUGGAAUGGAUCCUGCUGCUCGACGAUCAACUUGGGAAAUGCUUCAACGUUUUCGUAUGGAUCGAACGAUUCUUUUCACCACUCAUUUUAUGGAUGAAGCUGAUGUUCUUGGUGAUCGAAUCGCAAUUAUGGGUGAAGGUCGCGUUCGUUGUUGUGGUUCACCAUUUUUCCUAAAGACACGAUAUGGUGUUGGUUUUCACCUGAUCCUAUCAAAAGAUAUGAAUUCUGAUUCUUCGCGCAUUCUUCAAUUAGUUCAAAAACAUAUUCCCCAUGCACAAUUAGAAUCAGCCAUCAGCGCUGAAUGCAAAGUGCUGUUACCACACGGAUCAUCAUCAGCUUUUCCGGCGUUGUUUGAAGACAUCGAAAGAAAUAAAAGCGUCUUACAAAUAUUUAGUAUUGGAUUAUCCGAAACAUCAAUUGAAGAAGUGUUUAUGAAAAUUGUAGAAGAAGAUGAACCGGACGAAAUCGUUACUGUAACUAAUCCACAAAUAAAUCAUUUACCGAUUGCGCAUGACGAUACUCUACAAGAAAUUCCGUCACAAUUUAUUAAUGUUGGACCUCAAAGUGUUUUUGAUAUAGUUAUACUAAAAAAUUCCGGUUUACAACUGUUCUUUCAACAGUUCUAUGCUUUAUUACUCAAACGCAUUAUCAAUUCCUUGAGAAAUUAUCUUGUUCUAUUUUCUGCUCUCUUACCAUUUUUGUUUGUUAUUAUCUCAUUAAUUAUCGAACAACAAAUACCAAAACCAGGCGAUAGUCCAUCACUACUAAUGUCACUUGAUCGAUACGAAGAAAGUCAUGUUCCGUACACGUACGACCGAAUGUCCAACACAACUGUUGAUUUUAUUCGUUCCUAUGAAAAAUAUCUUCAACAAUUACCAAAAGCACCAAAUCUGAUUGACUUAACUGAAAAUAAUACUCGACCCUGUCAGGACGGAACGUCAACUAACGUUACAUCAUAUUUAGCGUGUAUCGGCCAACGAAGUCUACUAGAUUUAUCUGAUCGUUAUCAUAUUGGAGCGAGUGUAACGAUGAAUUCUACUCAAAAUGUACUGAAUAUCAUUGCACUCUUCAAUAAUCAACCUUAUCAUGUUCCACCGUUGACUUUAAAUACCAUUACAAAUGCAUUGUUAAAACAAUAUUCUUCACCAACCAUGAGCAAUAGUACUAUUUAUGUUACUAACCAUCCAUUGCCACGCUCAUUGACAGAAGCAAUCAGCGAUUUUCAAUCUCAACAAUUCUUCGGUUUUCGAAUGGCAUCGAGCAUUGUGUUUGGCUUUGGAUUUUUAAUGGCAGCAUACGCCGUGUUUUUGAUCAAAGAACGGAUCUCCAAAGCGAAACAUUUACAAUUUCUGAGCGGAGCGAAUGGAUUUACAUUUUGGUGUAGUACAUUUCUUUGGGAUUUAAUUUACUACAUUCUCGCAACGGUAUUAAUCAUUUUCAUUUGGGCGAUAUUUUAUUGGGCAGCUGGAUCAGUCAAAGAAGACCUGAAAGUUUAUUUGACUAGUGGUCGAUUAGGAUAUACUAUUUUAUUGUAUAUUCUAUACGGCUUUUCACAUAUUCCAAUGACAUAUUUGAUUUCAUACCUUUUUCAAAUUCCUGCUAGCGGUUUUGCUUGGAUUACAAUCAUUAAUAUAAUAACAAGUCAAGCGACACUUUUGGCAAUUGUGAUUCUUGCUAUUCCACAACUUGAUUUGUUAGAUAUAGCGAAUGCUCUGGAGUGGGUGUUUCUUAUAUUAUUUCCAAAUUUUUGUCUUGGUCAAGGUCUCAAUGAUAUUUAUCAGAAUUCGUUUCUAAAUGAACUCUGCGAACCGUUAAUACCGCUCUGUGCUUUUGUACCAAACCCAUGUUGCAAAGGUAACUGUGGUUCGAAUUGUGUUUCUUACACAAGUAAUUACUUAAGUUGGGAAAAGCCUGGUGUUGGUCGUUUUGUGGUAUUUAUGGUGAUUCAAUCUAUUAUCUGUUUUGCUGCUCUUUUUGCCAUUGACUAUCGACUCUUUUCAAAACUUGCCUAUUGGAUUCGUCAUGGUUUCACAAAUAAUCAAACCUAUGUCGAAUUUGGUAAUAACACCAUUUCAGAUCUUGUACCAGGAGCCGAUCAACUUCGAACGGAAGAGCCAGGCGAUGAUGCUGAUGUUAAAGCCGAAGUUGAACGACUUCAAAGCACAUCACAUUUUGAACUAAUACAAACGGAUGUUCUUGUUCUGAACCAAGUCGAAAAAGUUUACAAUGGAGUGUUUCACGCCGUUGAUCAAAUCUCUAUUGGAGUCAAACAUGGCGAAUGUUUUGGACUAUUAGGUGUCAAUGGAGCUGGGAAAACAACAACAUUUAAAAUGAUCACUGGUGAUGAAACAGUCGAUUCAGGUUCAAUUAUUCUUGAUGGAAUCAAUCUGAAAGAAAAUAUGCGACGCGCUCAACGAUGUAUGGGUUACUGUCCACAAUUCGAUGCUUUGAUUGAUUUGUUAACUGGCGAAGAAACUCUUUACAUGUUUGCACGUUUACGUGGUGUACAAGAACAUUUGAUCUACUUGAUCGUCGAAGCACUAAUAGAUCUGAUGAAUCUGAGAAAACAUGCCAAAAAGCCAGUGUAUGCUUAUAGUGGAGGAAAUAAACGUAAAUUAUCAGCUGCUGUAGCACUGAUUGGUGAUCCGUCAAUUAUUUUUCUCGAUGAACCAACAACAGGAAUGGACCCGAAAGCACGACGACAUUUCUGGAAUGCGAUUGCACAGUGUCGUGAUCAUGGCAAACCAAUUGUGUUAACAAGUCAUUCGAUGGAAGAAUGUGAAGCUUUAUGCACACGUUUAGCCAUCAUGGUCAACGGUAAAUUUAAAUGUUUGGGAAGUAUUCAACAUUUGAAAUCGAAAUUCGGCGCCGGUUAUACAUUGAUGGCUAAAUUAAAUGUAUUCGACGACAAUCGUGUCAAUGGAUUUUAUUCCAUUAUUCGACAACAAUUUCCGCAUAGUGAACUGAAAGAAGCCUACGAAGGUUUUGUACAUAUUCAUGUCAAUGAACCUGAUCUAUCAUUAGCUGCACUUUUUCGUGUUAUUGAAUCAUAUAAACAAACGUACUCAAUUGAAAAUUAUACAGUUAGUCAAACUACAUUAGAACAAGUUUUUCUUAACUUCGCACGAAGUCAACUCGAUCCCGAUGAACUACGCCGUCGACUACGUGGAGAAGCUAGUUACUUAGAUAAAUGCUUUCCAUGUUGUUCAUCACGUUAG